AAUGAAAAAAAUGAUGUUUGCUUAACCGAGGAAGAAGAAACGAAUAAUCAGAAAAUGAUACCCUGUAGAAGCAGUGUUCGACAACGUUCAUGUUCUCGUGAUGGAAAAAAGAUGCGACGGCAUCGCCAUUCUCAGAAUCCAAGAGAAGGUUUACGUUCUCAAUCACCUUCAUAUCAACGUUCUCGACGCUCUUCAUCAAUAGCGAGGCGGCAGGUUGAACGAAAGCGACGCCAUGCCAAGCUACAACGACGAGAUGACGAAAAGCGUGAAAAGAGGAGAUGUGAAAAAGAAAAUUCGCAUAGUUCUGAAAAUUCCCCAAAACGGAAUACAUGGUUUUCUACUAGUAAAGGUUUCAGCAGUGUGGAUAGCAAAGUUGCAGAAAAUAACAAUGCCACCGUAAGCGAUGCCGAAGGAAAUAUUACUGAGCGGCAGCGUCGAACCGUUGACUUAUUAACAUCCCGUACCGGUGGUGCUUACAUACCACCGGCCAAAUUACGUAUGAUGCAAGCCAAAAUUACUGACAAGUCCUCUGCCGCAUACCAGCGUAUCGCAUGGGAAGCACUAAAAAAGUCCAUACAUGGCUAUAUUAACAAAGUAAACGUAGAUAACAUUGCCAUUAUUACUCGUGAACUACUUAAAGAAAAUAUUGUUCGUGGCCGCGGCUUACUUUGUCGUUCUAUUAUACAAGCCCAAGCGGCAUCGCCCACUUUCACGCAUGUCUAUGCUGCCUUGGUGUCUAUAAUAAAUUCUAAAUUUCCUAAUAUAGGCGAGAUACUACUUAAACGUCUGGUAAUUCAAUUUAAACGAGCUUUCCGAAGAAACGAUAAGGCGGUAUGUUUGUCGUCAUCCCGCUUUAUAGCGCAUUUAGUUAAUCAGCGUGUAGCACAUGAGAUACUUGCAUUGGAGAUCCUAACGCUAUUGGUAGAGACACCAACAGACGACUCUGUGGAGGUAGCUAUAGCUUUUCUAAAAGAAUGUGGCAUGAAAUUGACCGAGGUGUCUUCUAAAGGCAUAGGUGCAAUUUUUGAAAUGCUAAAAAAUAUAUUACACGAGGGUAAAUUAGAUAAGCGCGUUCAAUAUAUGAUUGAAGUAGUAUUUCAAGUGCGAAAGGAUGGUUUCAAGGAUCACCAGUCUGUGAUUGAAUCAUUAGAAUUGGUGGAGGAAGAUGAUCAGUUCACACAUUUGCUAAUGUUGGACGAGGCCACAAAUCCGGAGGAUGCUUUAAGUAAGUUUUAAAAUACAUUAAUAUGUGUACUUA